AUAUCUACAAAAAUUCUGCUCCUAAUCUCUCCUAAAAUCUGCCCUAUAUCCAAACCCUUAUUACAAGGAAUAAAGCAGUGAAUAAAUCCCUAAAUUAAAUCCCUGCAUUCAAGGGAUUUGUAGUUAUAGUUUUCCCGCAAUUGCCUUCAAGUUUGUGAAUAAAUACUCUCCAUUCCUAGCUUGAAUACAAUAGUUUGGAAAAUUGAGCUACUAAAGCCUUUGACUCCCAUCAAAGAAGGUGCAAAAUCUUGCGAUUGAUCUUCUAUCAACAAUUGAUCUAGCAUAAUCAACAUCAAUGUAUUUGUUACAAAUUGAUUAAUUAUGCAGCAGCUCGAACACAUGAUGAAUCGCGAAGUGACAAGCUGUGAGAUGAACUGUGAAAUGACAGUGGCGAAGUGCGAGAUGUCUUUGGAAGUGGCGAGAUGCAGCUGAAGCCUUGGUGCAUGCAGGUUUCAUCAAGUUGCAUGGCAGACUAGUUUAGUUCAUUUGGAACUUAGUUUUGUUAUGUUUACAGCUUAGUUAGUUGAUGCAUUAAGAUAGCUUAGUGGGGUUAGUUGAGUAUUUGGUGAUGUAUUCGACUUUAAAUGUUUUGUUUUCUUGUUGAAUGAUAGAGCUAAUAGAUACAAGCUCCUUCGCUGCACGUUUUUGCUUCUUGUUCUUUGUUUUUCUUUGACAAUAUCACCAACAAUUGGAAUCAAAAGUCUCUCAUCUUUGAGGGUUACUGUUUUUGUUUGUAUUUUCUUGUCAAGAAAGAAAGAACCAACUUUGUUUCUUUGUUGUAGCUGCUAACAUGUCAUUAGGGAGUUUUUCACCACCACCACCUCCUGUCUUUGUUGGAGAGAACUAUCAUAUUUGGGUAGUCAAGAUGAAGACUUACCUCCUGGCCUUUGACUUGUGGGAGGUAAUAGAUGUUGAUAGGGAGCCACCACCUUUGAAAGCAAAUCCAACUAUUGCUCAAAUGAGGCAAUAUAGUGAGGAGUGUGCCAAGAAGCAUAAAGCAAUGUCAUGCCUUCAAAAUGGUGUAUCAGAUGUGAUCUUUACCAGAAUCAUGGCCUGUGAAACUCCCAAACAAUGUAGUGACAACAGGAUUGUGGAGAAGGUUAUAACCACUCUCCCUGAGAGAUAUGAGUCUAAGAUUUCCUCUUUGGAAUACUCAAGAGAUCUAUCAACAAUUUCUUUAUCUAAGUUGAUAAAUGCUCUCUAUGCUCAAGAGCAAAGAACAACAAGUAGACAAGAGGAGCAUUCUGAAGGAGCUUUCCAAUCUAGAAGUAAGGAAGGCUCGAGCUCCUCAAGCAAAAAGGGAAAGAAGAGUUGGAGUGAAAGUAAAGAAAAGCAAAUGAGAGACAAUGGAAAGGAGAAGUAUCCAUCUUGUUCUCAUUGCAAGAAGAACACUCACUUGAAGAAAUAUUAAUGGUUCUAGCUAGACAUCCAAUGUAGAGCCUACAAAUAGCUUGGUCACAUGGAGAGGGUGUGCAAAAACAAAAGGCAAUUACAAAAGCAUAAUGCUCAAGCUUAGGCAGCUGAUGGAAACCAAGCUCAGGAGAAGUUGAUGUUCAUUGCCUCAUGUUUUGCAACUAAUAGCAACAUUAGAAAGCAUUGGCUCUUUGAAAGUAGCUGUACUAAUCAUAUAACCUCAUAUGCAAGCUUUUUCAAGAAGAUUGACAAAAGUUUCAACUCCAGAAUUAGAGUUGGAAGUGGCUAGUACAUUUAGAUAGAAGGGAAAUAAGAUGUUUUAAUCAACACUCCAUCAAGUACAAAGAUUGUUUUAGAUGUUCUUUUUGUACCUGAAAUUGAUUAAAAUAUGCCAAGUGUUGGUGAACUGCUUGAUAGAGGUUAUUCAAAUGUGUUUAAAGUUAAAGAAUGUUUGAUUCUUGAUCCAUGUGGGUGUGAACUUGUA